ACCACCCCGCGCAGGCAGCGCCCGCUCGGCUCUGCCCGCCGCCCCGCCCCGCCACCGCCUCCCGCACCCGCGUACGGACGGACGCACGCACGCACAGACACACACACACACACACACACACGCAGCGAGACAGCCAGCGACGGCCGGGCCGCCACCACGAAGCGCCGCAGCCCGUUACUGAAAUCAUGAAUCCUGUGUAUAGCCCUGGAUCUUCUGGGGUUCCCUAUGCAAAUGCCAAAGGAAUUGGUUAUCCAGCUGGCUUCCCAAUGGGCUAUGCAGCGGCUGCUCCUGCCUAUUCCCCUAAUAUGUAUCCUGGAGCAAAUCCUACCUUCCAAACAGGUUAUACACCAGGCACCCCAUAUAAAGUAUCUUGUUCACCCACUAGUGGAGCAGUGCCACCAUAUUCUUCGUCACCGAAUCCCUAUCAGACUGCUGUGUACCCAGUUCGAAGUGCCUAUCCACAGCAGAAUCCAUAUGCACAGCAAGGCACUUAUUACACACAGCCUUUAUAUGCAGCACCACCCCACGUAAUUCACCACACCACGGUUGUGCAGCCUAAUGGCAUGCCGGCAACUAUGUAUCCUGCUCCGAUUCCGCCACCAAGAGGAAAUGGUGUGACUAUGGGGAUGGUGGCUGGGACUACUAUGGCAAUGUCAGCAGGUACUUUGUUGACAACUCAUUCCCCAACUCCAGUAGCCCCUCAUCCAGUUACUAUGCCCACAUAUCGGGCUCCAGGAACACCAACCUAUAGUUAUGUGCCCCCACAGUGGUGAUCAUCCUGGCAGUCAGUGUUUGAAGAUGGGAGAUAUGCAAUCAAGAAAUUGAGGUUUAAAAGUUGGUGCUGAAGCCCUCAUGCCUCCAACCAGGACUUUUCUUCUGAAUGCUUUCAACACUUGGCUAAACACUACUAAUUCCUGAUCACUGAAGAUUUUCCAGUGCUGCAUAUCUUACAUCUUGGAACUCCAGCAGUUAGUCUUAAAGCAAAUCCUGUUUUGUGGACUGUCUUGCAAUUUUUUAGCUAAUUAUAAUGAUAAAAAGGGAGUAUAAAUUUAUUCUGAUCCAUAUCUAGUUGAAUGCAUGUUAAAACACAAAAACAAAGCUUGCUCAAUCUACCUGCAGUGACUGAUGCAAAAACCAUCAUAUGCAAAUCCAAAGGAACCGAAAAGUAUUUUACAACUUGUAUCACUAAUGCACUGUUGUAAUGUAUGCAGGGUCUUAAAAGGUAGAAUCAUGGAAGUGAGUUUCUUUACAGAAUACCAUAAUAUACAUUAGGUAAGUGCUUCAGCCUUUUUCAGGUUGAUGGAGUUGCCAGUUUAAAAGGGGCGUAUUUUUAUUUAAGUGAUGUAUUCUUUUCAAAUUAACUACUAAAUUGGAGUGACUGGAAAAUGAGUCAGACAAGCUGUAGAAAUCCCGCACACAAUUAUUUACUUCAUACCUUUUCAUUUUCAUUAUAUGGAUUCAGUGUUAUGCAGAUGUUCUUAAGGAUCAGAAUGAAAUGACAAAGGUAAUGCUGUGUGUGCCAGUAAAUAAAGCAAACUUCCUUGAGGCAAAACUGGCUCUUAGGAAUAGUAGGAGGUGACAUCACCUGCAUAAUGAAUUGCAUGUCCUGGGGAGAUAUAUAUCCAGUACUAUCUUUCAUAUGAUGCAAAAUGUGUCAAAGUGAGACUGCCACACAGACUGAUAGAAAAACACUUUCUUUUAGUUCUCAGUUCAGGAAAUCCGUGCUGUUUUUCCUAAAGAAUGUUGUAGUCAGUUGAAAAUGUAUGUGCAGUUGAUCCAGCUUGCUUUCCUGAAACUUAAGAAAUGCUAGGGCUUUCUACAACAAACAGGAGGAGUUCAGCUGCAUGUUAUUCUGAGGAAAGCUUGUGUGCCUGAUGAGUAUGUUAAAGGGGAACAAAUCAUUUUAACACAAUUUCCUUAUUAGCUACUUGCAGUAUGGACUAUGGAUAUGCUGUAGUAGGGCUGCCAGAAUAUAGAGGUUUCAAAUAGCUGUUCUUUUUUUUUUUUCUUCCCUGAAAAUAUUUGUAAUUGAAGUAGGAGCCAUUUGUUGGUUACAGCAUUUUGAUGUGUUUUCUUAGUAUUUUCUUUUUUUACUCCUAAAUUGCACUUGGAAGCACGUAAAAUAAGACUUGACUGCAGAUUAGCAUUUCAUUGCAAUGAGUAAUUUCUGAUAUUCUUUCUUGCAACUUCAAUUUUUAAAAAGUACCUCAAAGCAAAUGCUGUGGGGAUAAAGGGCUAGCCUUAGAACCCAUUUGUAUACUAAAAUUGUUACGGGGGAGAUUUUAAACUUUUAAAUUUGAAUAUUGCACAUAAAAUCAAGGUUUUUCUUAAACCUGCUUGACUUACAGUUCCAGAAAGAUGCGAUUUUCUUCUUUGGAUACAUUCUGCCUGCAAUAAAUUAUGCAGUAAAUGGUUAUAAAAUGUUGUUCCCUUUUAAGUGUUUACACAGAGGUAUAUCAGGCUGUAUUGUUCUUGUAGUUUAACUUCCAUUCAGAAGUAAAUUUUUUUAAGUUGUAUAUCUAGUUACGCUUUGUUUUGGGGUGUUCUGCUCCUAUACAGAUUUGGCAGCUACUUCAGGGUAGCAUCAGUGCUGACUUAAUGCUGCCAUUCCAGUACUCUGCCCUGGUGGGAGGCUUACGUACCCUCAUAACCUGUUGGUGGUUAGAGCCUUCAGUAACUUUAUUUUUUACAGUAAGCACUCUCCAUAUUUUGUACUUACUUUUUUUUUGUUUUUUUGUUUAAUAAAGUUUAGGUUUAUUUUGCAUGAAUCACUGUCAGUGGACGGCCCCCUUAUUUCUAAUGCCUGGAACAUAACUAUGUUGUUGGAAUAAGUACUUUAAACCUUACUCAUGAGCACUUACUGCAGCUUAGGGAUUUCCAUGUGUUUUUAUAUGGAGCAGAAAAUUACCCCAGACAAACUUAGUUGAAUCUAUACUGCUUUGUUCAAGUCUGUUUAACAAUUCCAUUUGUGUAGUAGAUUUGCAGCUUUGAUUAGUCAGGUGUGCCAGAGAGUACAGUGAACAUUAAUACAGGCCAUUUGUCCGUUUUAGCUAGUAGAGAGUGACAUUUUGUUGUCUUAGCAUGAUUUUAACAAAGACCUAAGGUAUGAAACAGUGCUAUAUUGGGGAGAAGCUACAAAGAACAAGCUCAAAGCUUUGCUGUCUCCUGUCUCGUCACCCAAUAAACUAAAGCUUUGAAAAUCAUAGGAGAGAACUUUCAUGAAUGCUGCAAUAGAUAAAUAUUUAAGGAAUGAAUAUAACUUUCUAUAUAUUUGCUCUAACUUCAGAUUCCUAAAUGUCAUCUUGGAAUUGGUCUCUGUAUAAUAUUCCAUAAUAUUUAGGCAGUCUCACUUACUUGAGCACUUUUUUUUUCCUAAGUUGCAUUAUGGGAUUCAUCCACGAGGGGGAAACUGUACCUUUUUUAAAAGGUACUACACCUUCCAGUUGUGGUCGAUUAUAAUCUACUGGGAGGGUGGAGCAUGUCUCCAGUAGUUGAUAUGGAAAGUAACCAAAAGCACAGUGCAGGGGGAUGGGGGGAAUAUGUGUGUAUAUAUAACUAUCUUAAUGGUAUUUUGUUGCAAAUAGUAGAAAGCAUGGAUAUAGAACUGCGGCGGGGGAAACUGUACAUCAUUAAAUAGACGUUUACACAGUGAGGGUCUUAUGAAACAUUCUCUCCUGCUUUUUAUAUAACAUUCCCUAUUUAGAAUUCCUUUAUAAAUAAAUACGCAGUAUGUGUUUGCACGAGAGCUCCUCAGCAAAUGAAAAGAGCUAGUGCAGUAGAGACAUUUCAGAUCAAGCUUCUCUUUAAAAAAAAAAAACAAAAAAACAAAAAAAAAACCCAACACUUUUAUGGCAGCUUUAUAUGAUUAAAAAAAGUACUACUUUAAACCUGGAACUGAAAAUAACUGUUGCAGCAAUAACAAAGAGAAGCCCAAGGAAGAUUUUUUUUUUUAAUUCAAAUUUCAGGUGUUGAGUUUAGAUAAAGUAUUUUUUAAGAACUGAGGUAUUCCCUAUGUCAGUAAAAACUGAUGAAAAUGUCUUUUAAAUGUAGCAGCAGCAAAAGAAAAAUGGCUAAUAAUUGGCACCAAAAACGUGUAGCCCUAGUCAGUGGUGUGGUGGUUAUUAAUGAAACACUAGGAAGGAAAACAGAGAACCUGCUGCUAGAUCUUGCUUAUGCUUGUUGUAACUAUCUCCUGUUUGAAGUUUCUAGGAGACAUGCAGGAAUGCUGUUCAAGAAAGCUUCUUUUUGAGUGUACUAUGCAAGUUAAAUGCUUAGAUGCAGUGGUAGAUGAAAAAAAUCCUUUAUUUUAGUUGAAGUCCUUCCUUGUAUUGCUUCAUCCACUGAAGAAAACCCAAACCACCACCACCACCCGUAAGUACCACCAUGUCUUAGUGUUGUCUGAGAAUAGUUCGUGGUACAGAGUUGUAUACCAGGGUACUUAACAUUGACUGCUCUUCAUGGAGCAUUCCGGCUUCACUGCUGCUUGGGUAGUAAGGCCACUUAAGGUAUCUGAGCAAGAGAUGGUCAGAAUUGACUUGGAAUCACUCCCCAGUACUUAAGCACAGUAUUAUACACCAUUCGUUUGGGUUUAGAAUGUACUUUUGCUUGAAUAGGUAAGCACAGCGAUCCGAUACCACCACUGAACUCUAGGCUUAAACUCAUACCAGAGAGUAGUAAAUACCAUGUAUGUGAAACCUCCCAUCUUAGGAACAUGAACAAUAGUGAUGCUUCAGCUGGAACUUGGAGGAAAGAGGACAGAUGCUGUGGUUGUUGAAUGGUAAUUUGCAGAUGCCCAGGAUGUGGUUUGUGCAGUAGUCAGUAGGAAAUGGGCAUGCUCCAUCUCCAGCCUUCUCCAGCAGGUGUCACUGGCCGACCUUGGUAUGUGCAGAGGGUCACAAGCAAUCCAUUAAUGCUCAUGUCAAAGAGUUGGUGAACACCUGUUCAAAAGACAUAAACAUUUAAGCUCGUUCAGAUUGUUCUCAUUAAUAAGUGUCAGCUUUCUAAUCCUGUAUCUUAUCAACUCUAAGCUUCCUGCAGAGACCCUCAGAUUUGAUGAGGUAGAAUGCCAAUUAACAGGAACAACUGCAGCAAAGUUAGGAUAGUUUUGUGCAUCAAGCCUCGCCAAGAAUCAAGUUCAUUCUGAGAUCUCCUCUGAAGUAGAGAGGACUCUUUCAGCAGGCUGUGUACACCUCUGUUUGAGGGGGUGUUCAGAGAAAAUAAGGUGUGUUUUGUAGACAGAAGAGAGGGAAGAGGAACAGUGCUUAUCUGGGGACAAGGAAACCUUUUCAUGUGUGGGUUGAAAAUAACACUGAAACAUCUGAAUUCCACAGGUAGUAAGGGUCCAUUUGUGAUUUUAAAAAAUAUUCUGAACAAUUUAUGGGCUCUGAAGUUUCAACAUCAAGAAAGUGAACAUGACUUCUCUAAACUGUUGUGACUUUUGGGCACUUAGCAGGCAAACUGGGAAAGCUUUUUUAGCUGGCUGCUGUACAGACUUGUUUUAAGUAGAAUGGAUUUGUUAGUGGUUUUUUUUAUUGUAAUGCUAUUAUUGGCUGUCCUCCUGUCUAAGAUUUGAAAAAGUGAGUGCAUGCAAUGGAAGUACAAGAGGCCCCAGUAAUAGUUCUCCAUGUUUGUUAUGAAAUAGACACAGGUUUCCUUUUUAUGACUUUUUUUAAAACUGUCUUACGAACAGUUGUAUUGGUACUUUUUUUAAGUUUAGGUCAAUGUUGUCUUCCAGAAUAAGUUUUAAGGCAUCACUCACUCCUGCAUUGAACUAUCGCAUCAACACAAAGAGUGGAGAUUCCAUUCUGAGCCAGUUCAAUUGUGAAAAUUCAUACUUUUUUAUUUUUUAUGCAAUUCAAUGAGUAGAUGAGCUCAGAUUUAAAUUCUUAAAAGCACGUUUAUUGUAACAAGAAUUGUUAUGUAUUAAUACUUCAGUUUUCAAUAAAGAUUGACUUGUGUUGCUUA